UGAGAUAAAGCCUCCCCAGUGCCACGGGCCUCACGCUCGCUGUCUCAGGCUGCCUUGGACACACUGACCCCAGGCUGCAGUAGCAGCAGUGUGGGGCUGGGGAGGCCAGCCCCGGCCUCUGCUCACCUGCCACAGCAUUGGCUCCCCAAAGCCUCACAGCCCCCAAAGGUGACCUGGGGGUCGCCAUGCUGCUCCCUGCCCUCCUCUCUGGGACGGCAUGGGCACUGGCUAAUGGGCAGUGGUGUAAGCGGACAGAGACCAUCCUGGUGGAGGAGGAAGUAACCACCCGUGAGGAGGACCUGGUGCCCUGCACCAGCCUCCAUCAUUACCAGCGCUGGGGCUGGCGGCUGGACUUGACCUGGAGUGGCCGUGCGGGGCUCUGUCCCAUCUACAAGCCCCCGGAAACCAGGCCUGCUGCAUGGAACCGGACGGUGAGGGCUUGCUGCCCAGGCUGGGGGGGGUGGGGCACCCACUGCACCCUGGCCCUUGCCGAAGCCAGCCUUGAGGGCCACUGCUUUGCCACAUGGCUGUGCCAGCCGAGGGCAAGCUCAGCUAACGCUUCUGUGGGAAGCCUGGAGGCGUGCUGUGCCUGGUCUUGGGGACACAGCUGGAAGGAUGGCUGCUCCCAGCCCUGCCACAGCUGGUCCAGCCACAAACUCCCAGGUGGGUCCACAGACCCCAGCCUGCGGGAAAGGCAUAGCCCCGGCCGUCACCUGCUCCCCCGAGGGGCAGCUGCAGCCCAGGACGUGUGCCAUCAGCUGCUGGACGGUCCAUGCAGGGAAUGCCAUGCCCAGGUGCUCCCUGCUGAGUACCACGAGGCCUGCCCCUUUGCCUACUGUGCUGCGGCCCCAGCGGGCAGUGGGCGGGAGGAGCGGCUGGAGGCCGCGUGCCCCACCUUGGCCAGCUACGCCCAGGACUGCGCGCGGCGCAUCCACGUGCGCUGGAGGAAGCCCGGCUUCUGCGAGCGCCUGUGCCUGGGGGGCCGGCUGUGCUCAGACUGCGCCUCGGCCUGCCCGCCCAGCUGCUCGGCAGUGGGCGAGGGGGGCGAGGGGUCCUGCGGGGAAGGGUGCGUGAGCGGCUGCGAGUGCCCGCCCGGCCUCUUCUGGGACGGCGCCCUCUGUGUGCCUGCCGCCCGCUGGCCCUGCUACCACCGACGCCGGCGCCACGACCCCGGUGACACCGUGCGCCGGCUGCGCAGCCCGCGGCGGGACGGCCGCUGGCUCUGCGCGCAGGCGCCGUACCCCGCCGAGGGCGCGGUGGGCGGGGACGGGCAUUACCUCACCUUCGAUGGGCGGAGCUUCUUUUUCCGGGGCCGCGCGGGUCGGCGCUUCAGCCUGGUGCAGGACUUCGUAAAGAGGCAGCUACUGACUGUACUGGAGCACGGGGACUGCAACGCUGGGAGCUGCCUCCACGCCAUCUCGGUCUCCCUGGGGGACACCCACGUCCAGCUCAGGGACUCAGGAGCAGUACUGGUGGACGGGCAGGAUGUGGUCUUGCCCUGGCGCGGCACUGGGGGCCUCAGUGUCUCCCGCGCCUCUCCCACUUUCCUGCUGCUGCGCUGGCCUGGGGCCCGCGUCCUCUGGGGAGCGUCUGACCCUGCAGCCUACAUCACCCUGGACCCCCGCCAUGCCCUCCAGGUGGCCUGGAACCAGCAGGAUGACUUCCUGACUCCUGCUGGCGACGUGGAGACCAGCAUUGCCGCCUUUGCUAGCAAGUUCCAAGAGGCAGGCGAGGGAAGGUGCCCCUCGGAGGACAGCGCCCCACUCUCCCGCUGCAGCACCCACACUCAGCGUCACAUUUUCGCGGGGGCAGCCUGUGCCAUCUUGCAUGGCCCAGUCUCCCAGGAGUGCCACGGGCUGGUGGGCAGGGAGCCGUUCCACCUGCGCUGCUUGGCAGCUGCGUGUGGCUGCACCCCCGGCGGGGACUGCCUGUGCCCCGUGCUCACUGCCUAUGCUCGGCGCUGUGCCCAGGAGGGUGCCCUGCUCUCCUGGAGAGACCAGACCCUCUGCCCUGUCCUGUGUCCUGGUGGCCAGGAGUACCAGGAGUGUGCCCCAGUGUGCGGUCGGAAUUGUGGGGAGACUGAAGGCUGUGGGGAGCUGGGCAGCUGUGUGGCCGGUUGUAAUUGCCCCCUGGGGCUGCUUUGACCUGAGGGCCAGUGUGUGCCCCCCGGCUCAUGCCCCUGCCAGCUUGGGGCCCAUCACUAUGCCCCUGGCAGUGCUACCAUGAAGGACUGCAACCGCUGGAUGUGUCACUAUGUGACACUUGAUGGGCUGGCUCUCCCCUUCCCCGGGGCCUGCGAGUGUCUGCUGGUGCGAGAGGCCAGCGGCUGUUUCACAGUCUCUGCCCAGGACCUGCCCUGCGGGGCCAGCGGCCUCACCUGCACCAAGGCGCUGACCGUGCGGCUGCAGAGCACCAUUGUGCACAUGCUGAGAGGCCAGGCAGUGACAGUGAAUGGGGUGAGUGAAAUGCCCCCCAAGGUCUACACGGGCUCUGGGCUGAGCCUGCGCCGUGCAGGCCUCUUCCUGCUUCUCACCACCUGCCUGGGCCUCACGCUGCUCUGGGAUGGAGGCACCCGGGUCCUGGUGCAGCUGUCCCCCGAGCUCCGCGGCCGGGUGGCUGGGCUGUGUGGAGACUUCGAUGGAGACGCCAGCAAUGACCUUCGGAGCCGCCAGGGAGUCCUGCUGGAGCCCAUGGCUGAACUGACCGCCCACUCCUGGUGCCUCAGUCCUCUCUGCCCAGAGCCAGGGGACCUGCCGCCCCCCUGCGCCGUGAACGCCCACCGGGCCGGCUGGGCCCGCGCCCGCUGCGGGGUGAUGCUGCAGCCGCUCUUCGCCCGGUGCCACGCGGAGGUGCCCCCAGAGCAGCACUGCGAGUGGUGUGUGCAUGUCACCCGCGGAUGUGAUUCAGGGGGCGACUGUGAGUGUCUCUGCUCGGCCAUCGCCACCUACGCAGACGAGUGUUCCCGGCCCGGGACCCACAUGCGCUGGCGCAGCCAGGAGCUCUGCCCUCUGCAGCGUGAAGGGGGCCAGGGGUAUGAGGCCUGUGGCCCCGCGUCCCCCCCCACCUGCCAUGACCAUGGUCCUGGGUGGCACUGCCAGGCCGUUGCCCGUGUGGAGGGCUGCUUCUGUCCUGAGGGGACUCUGCUGCACUGUGUGUAGGGAGUCUGCCUCGAGCCGGCUCCCUGCCCCUGCAAGUGGCGAGGCAGCUUCUUCCCCCCGCGCACCGUACUGCAGAGAGACUGUGGCAACUGCACGUGCCAGGAAAGUCAGUGGCUUUGUGGGGAUGACGGUAGCCGCGGUGAGGAGCCGGUGCCUGGCGGUGCGGAGGGAGAGGCCCCAUGCCAGGAGAGCGGGCACUGUGUGCCCCACGGGUGGCUUUGUGACUACCAGGAUGACUGUGGCAAUGGCUCAGACGAGGAGGGCUGUGCCACCCCAGGCCGUGGGGAGGGGCAGAUGUCUUGCAGCUCCGGCCACUGCCUGCCCCUGGCCCUGAUCUGUGAUGGGCAGGACGACUGUGGAGACGGGACGGAUGAGCAGGGCUGCCCGUGCCCCCAGGACCCACUGGCCUGCGCUGACGGGCGCUGCCUGCCCCCCGCCCUGCUCUGCGAUGGGCACCCUGACGUUCUGGACGCUGCUGACGAGGAGUCCUGUCAGGGGCAAGUGAACUGCACCCCUGGGGAGGUGUCGUGCGUCGAUGGUGCCUGCGUGGGGACCAUCCACCUGUGUGACGGAAUCUGCAACUGCCCAGAUGGAGCCGACGAGGGGCCUGGGCGCUGCCCGCUCCCCUCUCUGCCCACUUCCCCGGCUGGUACCUUGCCUGGCCCCUCUGCUGUCUCCAGGGAGACUGUACCUACUCCCCAGGCGAGCCCCCCGCGGCGCCCCUGCGGCCCCGUCGACUUCGCGAGCGGCGGCAGCGGCGAGUGCGCCCCGCGGGGCUGGCGCUGCGACGGCGAGGAGGACUGCGCCGACGGCGGCGACGAGAGCGGCUGCGACCAGCCCUGCGCGCCGCACCUCCCGCCCUGCGCCCGCGGCCCGCUCUGUGUGGCCCCCGCGCCGCUGUGCGACGGCUCGGACGGGGACCCCGGCGCCUGCGGUGAGAGGCUGCCAGUCCCAGGAGGCCCCAACAGGACAGGGCUUCCCUGCCCAGGAUACUCCUACCCGGAUGGCCUCUGCCUCGGCUUCCAGCUGGUGUGCGAUGGGCAGCCUGAUGAAUUGGCAGGGGAGGCAGGGCCCUCCCGGGAAGAGCAGCGGUGUGAGGCCUGGGGCCCCUGGAGCCCAUGGGCGCCGUGCAGCCAGACGCGUGGGCCCGGGGUGCAGGGCUGCAGUCGCCGCUGCUCCCCGCCCAGUCUCCCGGUGCUGCGGCACUGCCCGGGCCCCGAGCCCCAGACUCAGGCCUGCUUCACGGCCGCCUGCCCCGUGGACGGUGAGUGGACCUCCUGGUCUCCCUGGUCCCCGUGCUCUGAGCCAUGCAGGGGCACCAGGACCCGGCAGCGGCAGCGCCACCCACCCCGGAACGGCGGCCAGACCUGUGCCAUGCUGCCUGGGGACGCUCCCAGCACCCGCCAGACCAGACCCUGCCCUCAGGACGGCUGCCCCAGUGUCACCUGCUCCGGGGAGCUGGUGUUCCAUCCCUGUGCCCCUUGCCCUUUGACCUGUGAUGACGUCUCUGGUCAGGCCGAGUGGCCCCCUGACCGGCCCUGCAGCAGCCCAGGCUGCUGGCGCCCCACAGGGCAGGUGCUGGGUGACGAGGGGUGGUGUGUGUGGCCGCGGCAGCGCCCCUGCCUGGUGGACGGCACCCGCUACUGGUGUGGGCAGCGCAUCGAGACCGACUGCCGGCUCUGCAUCUGCCAAGAUGGACGGCCCAACCCAGACUGUGCCGUGAACUGUGGCUGGUCAUCCUGGUUCCCCUGGGCCGAGUGCCUGGGCCCCUGUGAGAGCCGGAGCAUUCAGUGGUCCUUCCAGAGCGCCAACAACACCUGCCUCGCUGGCCGAGGUGGCCAGUGCCGGGGCAUCCACCGCAAGGCCCGCAGGUGCCAGACGAGGCCCCGUGAGGGCUGUGAGCAGCGCCGGGUCCGCCGAGUGGGGGAUCGCUGGCGAGAGGACCCCUGCGGGGUCUGCGAGUGUCUGCACGACAGCACGUCACGCUGCUCCCCCUGCUGCCCGCUGGGCAGCUGCCCCCAGGACUGGGUGCUGGUGGAGGGAGUGGGAGAGUCAUGUUGCCGCUGUGUCCUACCCGGAGAGAACCACACGGUCCGCCACACGGCCCCUCCAGCCCCAAGCCCCCAGAUCGGGGCCCCUCUGAUCACCCACGUUCUGCCUCCCCCCGGAGAUCCCUGCUGUUCUCCCCUGGGCCUGGCCCGACUGCCCGAGGGGAGCCUGCAUGCUUCGCCCCAGCAGCUGGAGCGCCCCACCUGGGCUGCCAUCCUAAGGCCUCCCACGGGGGCACCUGGGCAGCAGGGCUGGAGCCCCGUAGAGGAUGCUGAUGCUCAGCGGCACACCCAGCCCCCCUACUUGCAGCUGGACCUGCUACGGCCCCGGAACCUCACUGGCAUCAUGGUGCAGGGGGCUGGGUCCUCAGACUUGCUCCAGUUCAGCAACGAUGGUCUACACUGGCACAACUAUCGUGACGUCCUGCCUGGUAUUCAGCCUCCACCCAAGCUUUUUCCUGGGAACCGGGAUGACGUGGCCCCCGCAGUGUGGACGUUUGGCCGGAUGGUGCAGGCGCGGUACAUCCGGGUGUGGCCCCUCGAUGUGCACCUCAGUGCCGCCCCCCACAGGGAGGCCAACCAUGGCAUCCCCCUGCCGGCGGAGCUGCUGGGCUGUGAGCCAGCGCCCCCGUGCCCGGGGGUUGGGCACUGCUGUGCCAGUGGCGAGUGUGCCCUGAGGGGGGCCCUGUGCGCUGGUGUGGAAGGCAGCGAGGCCGGCUCCGAUGAGGAGGGCUGUCUGCCCCCGCCCGCAGGCACUGGCAGGCUCCCGUCCACAGCCUGGACCCCGGCCCUCUCCUCCACCCAGCCUGGACAGCUGCCUCCCCCAAGCCCAGGGAGCCCUUUCCCUCCGCAGGGGCUGGCAGAGGCAGAGGCUGAACGCUGGCGUCCCCAGCAGGGAUCACCCGUGCCCCGCACAGGCAAGGGGCCAGUGAGUCUUGCGUCCACAUCUCACCCAAGCCUUGGGGAAACUGUGCAGACCGAGACCACUACCCCUACCUCCCAGCCUGAGGCCAAGGCCCUGAGACCAGACAUGGCAGCCGUGACGGUGCUCCCUCCACACCUGAUGACGCCUGUGGCUCUUGCUGCACGGUCGCACCUCCUUGGGCUCACGUGGUCCACCUCUGUUCUUCUGUCCCCCGUGGUGGCCGGGGCGUGGGCCGUGUGGGAGGCCUGGGGGCCCUGCAGCGUCUCUGGUGGGGGAGGCCAUCGGAGUCGCCGGAGGAGCUGUGUGGACCCCCCGCCCGAGGAUGGUGGUGCCCCUGCCCCGGGGCCUCAAGAGAGGGCACCCUGCGGCUUGCAGCCCUGCACAGGUGGCACAGGCUGCGGGCUGGGCCGUGUGCAUGCGAGUGCUGAGCUGUGCCAGACGGGGCUGGUGCCCCCGUGCCCACCUUCCUGCCUGGAUCCCGAGGCCAACAGAUGCUGCGGCGGACACUGUCUGGAAGAUGCCGCUGCCCCCCGGGCUCCUCCUCCAGGACUCUCGCUGCCUGCUGGGCGAAGCAGCCGGGGGUGCCCUUCCUCCUGGACGACUGCAGCCGACGGUCAGGGCCUCCGCCCCGUGGGGAGGGCCCGGGUCAGGGGACGCUCCCCUCCCCCCUCCCCCUCCCUCCCCAGUCCUGACCCCCUGCCUCGGCUUCUCCCCGCCUGCAGUGUGUGUGGGAAGGAGGCUCUGCUGUGUGAACCAGGGGGCUGCCCCGUGGCCUGCGGCUGGUCAGCCUGGUCCUCCUGGGGUCCCUGCGACCGCUCCUGUGGCUCUGGCGUGAGGGCCAGGUUCAGGUCUCCCUCCAGCCCUCCGGCCGCUUCCGGGGGGGCGUGUGAAGGCGAGAGGCAGGAGCUGCCAGCGUGCAGGGCAGGUUGUCCUGCCCUUUUCCCUGCAGAGGCGUUGGGCUGGACACCCUGGGGUUCCCGGUCCUCCUGCUCCCGGAGCUCCCUCGUCCCUGGAGGGGGCCCAGGCUGGCGCAGCCGUUCCUGGCUCUGCCCCAACCCUGGGGACACGUCCUGCCCAGGAGAGGCCACCUAGGAGGAGCCCUGCAGCCCCGCUGUGUGCCCAGGUGUCGGCGGCUGGGGUCUGUGGGCCGCCUGGUCCACCUGCUCAGCGCCCUGCGAUGGAGGCGUCCAGACACGCGGGCACAGCUGCUCUGCCUCAGCUCCUGGGGACCCCGGGUGCCAGGGACCCCACAGCCAGACCAGGGGCUGCAACACGCAGCCCUGCACAGCCCAGUGCCCAGGCGACAUGGUGUUCCGCUCAGCUGAGCAGUGCCACCAGGAGGGGGGCCCACGCCCUCGGCUGUGCCUGGCGCAGGGCCCUGGGGUGGAGUGCACCAGCGUCUGCACCCCUGGCUGCGCCUGUCCCCCUAGCCUCUUCCUGCACAGCGCCAGCUGCCUGCCCGUGAGUCAGUGCCCCUGCCAGCUGCACGGGCAGCUCUAUGCACCUGGAGCAGUGGCCCGGCUGGACUCCUGCAAUAACUGCACUUGUAUCUCUGGUGUGAUGUUGUGCACCUCGGAGCCCUGCCCAGUCGCCUGUGGCUGGAGCCCCUGGACCCCGUGGAGUCUCUGCAGCCGCAGCUGCAACGUGGGUGUUCGGCGGCGCUUCCGGGCAGGCACUGCGCCCCCGGCUGCCUUCGGGGGGACUGCGUGCCAGGGUCCCAACAUGGAGGCUGAACUCUGCAGCCUGCGGCCAUGUGGAUGUCCCAGUGGGGAGUGGGGCCCCUGGUCUCCGUGCUCCGUGCCCUGCGGGGGUGGCUACCGGAAUUGCACCUGAGGGAGUGGCGGGCCCAGCCCCGUGGACUUCUCCACCUGUAGCCUGCAGCCCUGUGCAGGGCCAGUGCCUGGUGCGUGUCCCCGGGGCAAGCAGUGGCUGGACUGUGCACAGGGCCCUGCCUCCUGUGCAGAGCUCAGUGCCCCGAGAGGGACUGACCAGCCCUGCCCUGGCUCCUGCUGCCCGUCCGGGACGCUCCUUCUGAACAACGUGUGUGUGCCCACCCAGGACUGCCCCUCUGCCCACAGGGGACGCCUCCACCCCCCAGGCAGUGCUGUGAUUCGUCCAUGUGAGAACUGCUCCUGUGACUCUGGGCUCAUCACCAACUGCACCUCCUGGCCUUGUGAGGAGGGUCAGCCCACGCGGUCACCCUGGACCCCAUGGAGCGAGUGCUCUGCCUCCUGUGGCCCUGCCCGACGCCACCGGCACCGCUUCUGCACCAGGCCCCCGGGCGUUACACCAUCCAGCUUGGCACUGCUGCCCCCACUGGCUUCAGCCCCACCCCUUUGCCCAGGCCCUGAGGCAGAGGAGGAGCCCUGCCUCCUGCUGGGGUGUGACCAUGUCCCGUGGAGCCCAGAUCCAAGCCCUCGCCACUCCUGUGUGGGCGGCCUCCGGAGCCGGACCCCACCCCGGGGCCUGGGGGAUUACUGCGAGGGGCCUCGGACCCAGGGGGCCGCCUGCCAGGCUCUGCCAUGCCGAGUGACCAACUGCACCGCCAUCCAAGGGGCCGAGUACAGCCCCUGUGGCCCUCCCUGUCUUCGCUCCUGUGACGACCUCGUGCCCUGCGUUUGGCACUGCCAGCCGGGCGGUUACUGCCCGCCGGGCCAGGUGCUGAGUGCCGACGGCGCUGUCUGCGUGCAGCCCAGCCGCUGCAGCUGCCUGGACCUGCUGACCCGGGAGCGGCACCGUCCCGGCGCUCAAGUGGCGAGGCCCGCUGGCUGCAACUACUGCACCUGCUCGGAGGGCAGGCUGACCUGCACAGACCUGCCUUGCCCAGUGCCUGGAGGCUGGUGCCCGUGGUGGGAGAGGACAGCGUGCUCCCAGCCCUGCCGGGGCCAGACAAGGACCCGCUCCAGGGCCUGCACCUGCCCGGCUCCUCAGCAUGGAGGGGUCCCGUGCCCCGGGGAGGCGGGGGAGGCAGGGGCCCAGCAUCAGAGGGAGACCUGCGCCAGCCCCUCUGAGUGCCCAAUGGAUGGAGCCUGGGGCCCGUGGGGACCGUGGUCUCCCUGUGACGUUUGCCUGGGGCAGUCCCAUCGGAGCCAAGCAUGUAGCUGGCCCCCCACUUCUGAGGGAGGCCGGCCCUGCCCUGGGGGCCACAGGCAGAGUCGACCCUGCCAGGACAAUUCUACUCAAUGCACAGACUGUGCAGGUGGCUAGGGUCUUCUCCGCUAUGGGCGGCCCUGCCCCCGCUCCUGCCAGGACCUGUCCCCCGGGGUCUUGUGCCAGCCAGGCUCGACAGGCUGCCAGCCCAGCUGUGGGUGCCCCCCUGGCCAGCUGUCCCAGCACGGCCUUUGUGUGUCCCCAGCCCAAUGCCGCUGCCAGUACCAGCCCGGAGCCAUGGGGAUCCCUGAGAACCAGAGCCGGUCCGCAGGGUCUGGGCUCAGCUCCUGGGAGAGCCUGGAGCCCGGGGAGGUGGCGACUGGACUGCGUGACAACUGCACCUGUGUGGCGGGCAUCCUGCAGUGCUGGGAGGUGCCCGACUGCCCUGGGCCCAGGCUGCGGGGCUCCUGGGGUCCCUGGGAGGACGGCAGUGUUUCGUGUGGAGGAGGGGAGCAGCUGUGCUCUCAGCGCUGCGCCCGGCCGCCCUGCCCCAGGCCCGCCGUCCAGAGCCGCAUCUGCUGCACCCAGGUCUGCAGAGAGGCAGGCUGCCCGGCCGGGCGUCUGUACCAGGAGUGCCAGCCCGGCGAGGGCUGCCCCUUCUCCUGCGCCCACAUCACUCGGCAGGUGGGCUGCUUCUCCGCUGGCUUCGAGGAGGGCUGUCACUGCCCCGAGGGCACCUUCCUGCACCGUUUGGCCUGUGUCUAGGAGUGCUCCUGUGUGCUGACUGCCUCACUGCUGCAGGAGCUGGGAGCUGCCGGCGGACCGGGGGCUCACCUGUCCAUUCUGGGAGAGGGGGGUCAGCCCCUUGGGCCUGGAGAUGAGUUGGGCUCAGGUCAGACCCUCCAUACAGGCUGCAGCAACUGCUCCUGUUCGCACGGGAAGCUGUCCUGCUCCGUGGGUGACUGCUCCAAGGCUGCGGUUGCCUUCGGUCCCCGGGGCCCGUGGGGCCCCUGCUUCCGCUCCUGUGGCGGGCUGGGCACCCGCACCUGCAACUGCCACUGUGCACGCCCCACACCCACUCCCCGUGGCCAGGACUGCCGUGGGCCCCGCCAGGACCUCGAGUACUGCCUCAGCCCGGACUGCCCAGGGGCUGCAGGGUCCACAGUGGAACCAGUGACAGGCCUUCCAGGCGGCUGGGGUCUGUGGUCCCCGUGGCCCCCCUGCUCCAGCAGCUGCACAGACCCCGCUCACCCUGCUUGGGGCAGCCGCACCCGCCUCUGCCUGGCGAACGGCACCGCGGGGGCCUCUUCCCAGGAGCGCCCCUGCAAGCUGCCCUCCUGCACAGGUCCCAUCCAGAUCCCUCAGCUGCCCUGGGAGUCUGCGACUACUGUCCCCCCUGAGAGGGGGGAACUGGGGCCCAGCUGCCAAAGCCGCACAACACGGAGUCCUUGGGGGGCCUGGAGCCGCUGCCAGGUGCCCUGCAGUGGAGGGUUCCGGCUGCGCUGGAGAGAGGCCGGGCCCCCUGGAGGAGGCUGCCGGGGGCCAUGGGCUCAGACUGAGAGCUGCAACAUGGGGCCUUGCCCAGGAGAGAGCUGCGAGGCCCGGGACACCGUGCCCACCCUGGACUGUGCCGACCACUGCCCAAGAAGCUGUGCCGACCUCUGGGACCGCGUGCAGUGUCUGCAGGGACGGUGCCACCCGGGCUGCCGCUGCCCCCCUGGCCAGCUGGUACAGGAUGGGCGCCGUGUGCCGAUGUCUUCUUGCCGCUGUGGCCUCCCCAGCCCCAGUGCUUCAUGGGUGCUGGCUCCGGCCGAGGGGGCGGGGCUGGACUGCAGAGCUGGUCCCUUUCUGCACACCGCUGCCCACAGCACCUGUGUUAACGGGUCCCUGGUGUGCCGCCCCCACGAGUGUCCAGCCCUCGGGCCUCGGUCAGCCUGGAGCAGCUGCUCUGCUCCCUGUGGGGGCACCACCCAGAGACGUCGCAGCUGCAAGGAAGGUCCUGGGGGGGCACCGUGCCAGGCCCAGGACACGGAGCAGCGGCAGGAAUGUAACCUGCAGCCCUGCCCCGAGCGCCCACCUGGCCAGGUGCUCAGCCCCUGUGCAACCUCGUGACCGCGCCUCUGCUCGCACCUGCAGCCUGGCACCCUCCGCAUGCAGGAACCCUGCCAGCUUGGCUGUGACUGCCCUGGAGGGCAGGUGGCGUGUGUGCCCCCUGCCGAGUGCCCCUGCACCCAGCUCUCUCUGCCCUGGGGCCUCAGCUUGACUCCUGAAGAGCGCCGGGAGCUGCCCCCAGGGACUCUGCUCACCCAGAACUGCACCCGGUGUGUCGGCCAAGAUGGAGCCUUCAGCUGCCUCCUCGCUGACUGUCGGGGUGAGAUGUGGGCUGCCCAGGUCCCUGCUGGUCCCUCCAAAGCCAAGGAAACCCAGAAGUCUGGAGGCUGCUGGAGCCGAGUGGGCAGCGCUGGGGACAGGAGGAGGGACCCAAGGGUGCCCAGUGUGGGAGGGGGGAGAAUCGAGGCUGGACCCAGGGCUGACCCGAGUGGUGGGCUGGCUGGUCUUCCCUGGCAGAGUGCCCCCCCCGGAGAAAUGUGGCAGCAGGUGGCCCCCGGGGAGCUGGGGCCCUGUGAGCAGACGUGCCGGGAGCCCAACGCCACGGAGACUCAGGGCAACUGCAGUGGGCAGGCCCCGGGCUGUGUGUGCCGGCGCGGGCACUUCCGCAGCCAGGAGGGCCCCUGCGUGCCUGCAGACCACCGCGAGUGCUGGCACCACGGGCGUCCCCACCCGCCCGGAUCCGAGUGGCAGGAGGCCUGUGAGAGCUGCCGCUGCAUCAGUAGGAGGAGCGUCUGCACCCAGCACUGCCCCCUGCUCACCUGUGCCCAGGACUGGGGGCCACUCCCUCUGCGGGGCGAGGUGGCCGUGCAGGAGCCAGGAGGCUGCUGUUCCACUUGCCGCCAGGAGACUCCGGAGGAGCAGCCCUCCUGCUGGUACCUCACCGAGCUUCACAACCUCACCAAGGGCCCCUGCUACCUGGACCAGGUGGAAGUGAGCCACUGCGGUGGGCACUGCCCGUCCAGCACCAACGUCCUGCCCGAGGAGCCGUACCUGCAAAGGCAGCGCGCCUGCUGUAGCUACCGCCUGGACCCCGAGAACCCGGUGUGGAUCUAGAACCUGCGCUGUCCCGGCGGCCACACAGAGCCGGUGGUGCUGCCGGUCAUCCGCAGCUGCCAGGGCAGCGCCUGCCUGGGCCAGAGGUUCCUGGAGCUGCCAGAUCCUGAGUCUUUUGAGGAUUUAGCAAUAAAUCAGAUGCAUCUUCCUAAGUGAAGAUUUACCACGUUGAAGAUUUUGCAAAAGAAGUGCUGUUGGUUGUUGCUGACGCACUGGCUGAGAAGUAACGGAUCCCGUGGGCAGGCUGGUGAGGAGCAUGCAGGGAGAGGAGUGUGAGUCCGG